AUGGAGCCAUUACCUGAUCCAAAGAAUGACAGACAAGUAAAGGAGGUUGAGCCCCCACCUGCGAAACCUCUGAGUUUAGAAUUACUAUAUCCGAAUGGCACUGACGAGCCUCCAGAUUAUAAAGUAUUAAGAGACCAUUUAAAAAAGGAAGGAAGAAUAAGAAAAGAAGAUUGUUUAGAUAUAAUAAAAAAAGUAAUUGAUAUAGUUAGUAACGAACCAAAUUUGUUAAGGCUAAAAGACCCUAUAACAAUAGUUGGUGAUAUACAUGGUCAAUAUUAUGAUUUACUAAAAUUAUUAGAAGUUGGUGGGAAUCCAGAUAAUACUCAAUAUUUAUUUUUAGGUGAUUAUGUAGAUAGAGGAUCAUUUAGUAUAGAAGUACUAUUAUUAUUAUAUGCAUUAAAAAUAAAUUUUCCUGAUAGAAUAUGGUUAAUACGAGGAAAUCAUGAAUGCAGACAAAUGACAACCUUUUUCAAUUUCCGAGAUGAAUGCGAAUAUAAAUAUGAUAUAGUAGUAUACUAUGCAUUUAUGGAAUCAUUUGAUACUAUACCAUUAUCAGCAGUAAUUAAUGGCAAAUUUUUAGGUGUUCAUGGUGGUUUAUCACCAGAAUUAAUUCUAUUGAAUCAGAUUUGUUCAUUUACAAGAUUUCAAGAACCACCAAGAUCAGGUAUUUUUUGUGAUAUAUUAUGGGCCGAUCCCAUUGAUGAAGACAAAGAAGAACAUACUAUUCAAACAGAAUCAUAUUUUCCAAAUGACAUAAGAGGAUGUAGCUAUUUUUUUGGUUACAAUGCAGCUACAACCUUUUUAGAAAAAAAUGGAUUAUUAUCUAUAAUAAGAGCUCAUGAAGCUCAAUUAGAAGGUUAUAAAAUGCAUCAAACAAAUUUAAAAACAGGAUUUCCUACUGUUAUAACAAUAUUUUCUGCACCUAACUAUUGUGAUGUUUAUAAUAAUAAAGGAGCUGUUUUAAAAUUCGAUAGUAACACUUUAAAUAUACAACAGUUUAGUUUCUCUCCUCAUCCUUAUCAUCUUCCUAACUUUAUGAAUUUAUUUACGUGGUCCUUACCAUUUGUUAGUGAAAAAGUUACUGAAAUGUUAUACUCUCUUUUAAAUUAUAGUGCUAAUGAUACAGAUGAUAAUAUAAAUGAUGUUAUAUUACCAGAUGAAGUUAAACAAAUCUUGAAUUAUAUUGAAGAAAAUAACAAAAAAAAUGAAACUUUAAAUGAUGUAAACAAAGAAGAUAGUAUAGAGGAACAUUUAAAAGAAAGUAAUAUUAAAAGUGAAGAUGAAAAAACAGAUCAAAAAGAUAAUGAAGAAAGAAUAAAAAAAAAUGAUGUAAGUCAAGUUUCAAAAGAUCGAUCUGAUGCAUUACGAAAAAAAGUUCAAUCAGUUGGUAGAUUAAUGAGAGUAUUCAGAACUCUAAGAAAAGAAAAUGAAUUAAUUGUACAACUAAAAGGAUGUAGUCCUGGUUAUAGGAUCCCUGUAGGUUUACUAUUAACUGGAAAAGAAGGUCUAGAAAAUGAAUUAGAAAAAUUCACUAAAGUUAAAGAAAUUGAUAGUAUUAAUGAAAAAAGACCAUUUGAUGAAUAA